AGUAGAGGGCGCAUGCGGGGGAUAGGUGGAAAUGUAGGCAAGAUUACAUUGAAGAAGACAAUGCCUAUUGUACAUAAGCUCGGUGUGGUGUCGUGAGAACGAGAUAAUUUGGUAGAUAAAUUAGAUGAAAUGCAGAAAAGCCUAGGAGAUCUCCACCAGAAGUUUCAAUGCUUUGUAGAUAAGCAAGGGGAACAAGGGGAUGUGGCUCCACCGAUAAUUCCUCCAUUUAAAUCUAGUCAUGCAUCAUCGCCUGAUUUGGUAAAUCUUGGCAAGAGAUGCGAUCUCUGUGAUUGGAAGAAACGGGUAAUUGCUCGUGGUGAGGUGCAUGCAGUGGAUCCAAAAACCAGUGUCCAUGGAGCAGAAAUGGGCGAUGGAAAUUUUAGUGUUGUCCUGAUGGAGAUUAUAGCUCCGCAAUCAGAGCUAUGGAAGGAAGAUGGUUAUCAUGAUACGCUUGGAGAGGUGUACAGAAAUUACACCUCAAACAGAGUAUCAUCUGCUGUAAGUUACUUCAAGGGAUCUGGUUUUGAGUGUUGCAGGAUCAUCUGCUAAAGUUGCACUGGCUGGUUCUCACCCCAAAGGUUGGUGUAGGUGUCACUUCAGGGGGAGUUAACCAGAUAAGUUUAUAUUUUUCUUUUUGGUUGCAUUUGAGUGUCUAAUUACCUGCUUGCCUUUUUUCUUUUCUUCUUUCUUUCUUUCUUUUAAUUGUAAUUCUCUUUAAAUGUUUUAGAUCAAUAAGGGAUGUCCCUGUAUUCAAGGAACGGUUUCAACAUGACAAUGAAGGUAAACUUAACUCUAAAUAUCACCUUUAUAUUCAGAAUUUGUGCUCUUUAUUGUCUGUUUUUGAAUUAUAAUUUUUUAUAUAAUUGACACCUUUUAUCUCGAAAUAUGAUCUAUGAAGUAAGAUAUGAACGCAAUCCUUAUCAAAAUCCACACCUAGGGGAGCACAAAUAAGAGGAUUGAUCUUAACAGUAUGGUUGUCAUGCACAUAGACAGAAAAUGCUUGCAAAGAAUGUUUAUGAGUACUUGGUAAUUUUGGAGUCCUUCUUGGUUAGGGUUUGGGCUGAAAGUACAAGUGUUGGAGCCGACGCUUUCGGAGUCCGAACUCAUUCUUUU